AUGGAGGACCCCGAUGUACAACCUGGUGAAGAUCUGGUGAUAAAGCCCUUGAAUUUUGACCACCAGUUCGCUGAAAGUCCGGCAGAAAGUGUGAGUAAGGUUGCUAAGCCUAGGAAAUUUAGUGAAGCAGCGGAGACAAAAGUCUCAACCCCGGCUAAUUCAACCAGGAAGAGAAGUGAUCCUAGGAAUGGAUCUGAAUUAAGUUCAGGUUUUGCCAAAUCAACUGUAUCUUCUUCAUUGAGAUCAUCCAGUUCUGCUGCUGCUCCAAGAAGAAACAGCACAGGGGGCAUGUAUGAGAAGUCAUCAGCCUCUAGUGCAAGACUUCAGAACAAUGCUAGUUCUACUGCAGGCAAGAAAACCACCACCCUGUCGGCUACUGAAUCAGUUAGGCGGUCCCUACCGGAACUCAGAAGAAGUUCACUGCCUUCAGUGGCGCCAAAACCCACAUCCAGAGCAAACCUUCCAGAGACUAGGAAGUCCGUUCCAGUGUCUCUAGUUGGUCGAAGCUUAAGUACAUCAACUGCAUCUGAUUCAAGCUUUCAAAAAACUGUGAGAAAGUCCAGUGUAAAGUCAUCGUUAUCAGCCUCUUCAUCUUUGAAAAAGCUUACUUCUUCAUCACUGGACAGCACUGCGAGCAGCACAAGUAGAAAGACAAUUUCAAAGGUUUCUUCUCCAACCACACGCUCACCUGCUGUAUCCAGUGGUUUAAGAGCUGGGUCUUUGUCAACAUCCCUGGAUUGGAGUUCUAAUUUAUCUGGGCGGAAAAAAGCGGUGACCCCAGACAGGAGAGAUUCACGUUUUGUUGUUCUUCCCCAGGUGGAGACAAAAGCUGGUGAUGAUCUGAGAUUGGAUCUUAGAGGCCAUAGAGUGUGCAGCCUUAAUGCUAGUGGCUUGAACUUGUCACCAAAUCUAGAGUUUGUUUAUCUCAGAGAUAAUCUCUUAUCAACAGUGGAAGGUGUUGAAAUAUUGACACGAGUGAAGGUUCUUGAUUUGAGCUUUAAUGAUUUUAAAGGGCCUGGAUUUGAACCUCUUGCAAAUUGCAAAGCUUUACAGCAAUUAUAUCUUGCUGGGAAUCAAAUCACUUCACUUGCAAGUUUACCUGAGCUACCGAACUUGGAGUUUCUCUCUGUUGCUCAAAACAAGUUGAAGUCCCUUUCGAUGGCAAGUCAACCUCGACUACAGGUUUUAGCUGCCAGCAAAAACAGAAUAUCAACUCUAAAGGGUUUUCCUUAUCUUCCUGUUCUUGAGCAUUUACGAGUGGAGGAGAACCCUAUACUUAAGAUGUCUCAUCUGGAAGCAGCUUCCAUUUUGCUUGUUGGGCCUACCUUGAAGAAAUUUAAUGAUAGAGAUCUUUCCCGAGAUGAGCUAGCACUUGCAAAGCGUUAUCCUGCACAUACAGCUUUGUGCAUUAGGGAUGGGUGGGAGUUUUCUCGUCCAGACAAUGCUGCAGAUUCCACAUUUUGCUUUCUUUUUGAGCAAUGGAAGGAUCGUUUUCCUCCUGGUUAUCUGCUUAAAGAAGCCUCCAUUGACAAACCUUUUGAGGAGGAUGCUUGUCUCUGUCACAUUGUUUUUGUUCAAGAGAGCACACUGAGCACUGAUUCAGAUAUAAUCUUAAAGUAUCAAUGGUUUCUGGGGGAGAGAACACUUUCAAAUUUCACUGCUAUUCCUGAUGCCAGUGGCGAGGUUUACUGGCCAAAGCAUGAAGACAUUAAUAAAAUAUUGAAAGUGGAAUGUACUCCAGUUUUAGGUGAAACUGAAUAUCCUCCAAUUUUUGCUAUAUCAUCUCCAGUUGCACGAGGGAAUGGAAUUCCAAAGGUUUUAAACCUUGAAGUACUUGGUGAACUGGUGGAAGGUAAUGUAAUCAAGGGUCAUGCUAAGGUUGCAUGGUGUGGUGGGACUCCUGGGAAGGGUGUUGCUAGCUGGUUAAGGAGAAGAUGGAACAGCAGCCCAGUGGUAAUUGCUGGAGCAGAGGAUGAAGAGUAUCAGUUGACCAUAGAUGACACUGACUCCAGUUUGGUCUUUAUGUACACACCAGUAACAGAAGAAGGUGCCAAAGGGGAGCCACAGUAUAAGUAUACCGAUUUUGUAAAAGCAGCUCCUCCAUCCGUCAAUAAUGUCCGAAUUAUUGGAGAUGCUGUAGAAGGGAAUGUCGUCAGAGGAGUUGGCAAUUACUUUGGAGGACGAGAGGGUCCCAGCAAGUUUGAGUGGCUACGUGAGAAUAAGGAGACUGGAGACUUUCUGAUCGUGACAAGUGGUACAUCUGAGUAUACCUUGACCAAAGAAGAUGUUGGGAGACGCUUGGCUUUCGUAUAUAUACCUAUGAACUUUGAAGGACAGGAAGGGGAAUCUGUGUCAAUAGUCUCUGGUACUGUGAGGCAGGCUCCACCAAAAGUGACAAAUGUUAAGAUAAUUGGUGAUUUGAGGGAGAACAGUAAGAUUACUGUGACUGGUACUGUCACAGGAGGCACUGAAGGUUCAAGUAGAGUACAAUGGCUUAAAACAAAUUCUUCAGUACUUAAUGGUGAGAAUGAGCUUGAAGCAAUGAGCACGUCCAAGGUUGCCAAGGCAUUCCGCAUACCUUUAGGAGCAGUUGGCUAUUAUAUCAUUGCAAAGUAUACUCCGAUGACUCCUUAUGGUGAAUCUGGUGAACCAGUUUAUGUUAUAUCAGAAAGAGCAGUAGAGACUCUCCCCCCCAGUCUGAAUUUCUUAUCUAUCACGGGUGAUUAUAGUGAAGGUGGUAUAUUGACAGCAUCAUAUGGCUAUAUAGGGGGUCAUGAAGGAAAAAGUAUCUACAAUUGGUACCUUCAUGAGGUUGAAAAUGACACAGGCACUUUGAUUCAUGAGGUUCGGGGGCUUCUUCAGUACCAAGUAACCAAAGAUGCAAUUGGUAAAUUCAUCUCCUUUCAGUGUAUUCCGGUGCGUAAUGAUGGGAUUGUAGGUGAGCCAAGAACCUGCUUGGGACAAGAAUGCAUUCGUCCAGGAAGUCCAAGAUUGCUAGCGCUGCAGAUUGUUGGAAAUGCUGUUGAAGGAACUAUUUUGAGUGUUGAGAAAAAGUACUGGGGUGGUGAAGAGGGAGAUUCGGUUUUUCGCUGGUUCCGGACUAGUUCAGAUGGUUCUCAAUGUGAGAUUAAUGGGGCUAAUGGCUCAUCAUAUAUGCCGUCAAUUGAUGAUAUUGGCUUCUUUAUUUCGAUCUCAUGCGAGCCUGUGAGAAAUGAUUGGGCUCGCGGUCCCAUUGUUCUUUCAGAACAAAUUGGGCCUGUUGUAGCUGGUCUUCCUACUUGUCAGUCGCUGGAGUUUCUUGGAUCAAUGAUGGAGGGACAACGUUUGAGCUUCAUUGCUUCAUAUAUCGGAGGGGAGAGGGGAGACUGUUUGCAUGAAUGGUUUAGACUGAAAACCAAUGGGAUCAAGGAGAAACGAAGUAGUGAUGAAUUUCUGGAUUUAACUAUUGAUGAUGUGGGAAAAAAUAUUGAACUUGUUUACACUCCCAUUCGCAAAGAUGGAGUCAAAGGGAAUCCUAGGAGCAUAAUAUCUGAUGAGAUUUUUCCUGCGGAUCCAGUAGGUUUGGACCUUGUCAUUCCUGAUUGCCAUCAGAACCUGGAGACUGUCCCACAGAAAACAUAUUUUGGUGGACAGGAAGGUGUUGGAGAGUAUACAUGGUAUAGAACAAAGACCAAAAUAAAUGGGUCUGUGUUGGCAGAUAUAUCUAGUUCUUCUGAAGAUGUUAUCUGUGGUCAGACAUCCAUGUAUACUCCAUCACUUGAAGAUGUGGAUGCUUAUUUAGUAUUACAUUGGAUACCCACUCGUGUUGACGGGAAAUCAGGAAAACCAUUAGUUGCAAUUUCCAACUCACCAGUUAUUCCAGCACCUCCCGUAGUUUCUAGUGUUUGUGUGAAUAAGCUGGAUUCAGGGAUGUACUCUGGGGAGGGAGAAUAUUCUGGUGGCUAUGAGGGAUCAAGUCUCUUUAGUUGGUAUAGAGAAACUAAUGAUGGAACAAUCAUUCUCAUCAAUGGGGCUAAUGCUAAAACUUAUGAAGUUACUGAUGCAGAUUAUAACUGCCGUUUGUUGUUUGGGUACACACCAGUUCGAUCAGAUUCAGUUGUUGGAGAACUUAGGCUGUCUGAACCUUCUGAAAUUGUUUUCCCUGAGCUUCCAAUGGUAGAGAUGCUUGCUGUUACCGGAAAGGCAAUAGAAGGUGAUGUACUAACUGUUGUUGAAGUGAUUCCAAAAACUGAAACCCAGCAAUGCGUUUGGAGCAAGUACAAGAAAGAUGUGUUCUAUCAGUGGUUCUUUUCAUCAGAAACAGGGGAUAGAACAUCCUUUGAGCCCUUACCCUCGCAACGCUCCUGUUCUUUUAAAGUUCGCUUUGAGGACAUCGGUAGAUGCCUAAAAUGUGAAUGCAUUGUGACCGAUGUCUUUGGAAGGUCAAGUGAGACAGUAUAUGCUGAGACUGCUCCUGUAUUGGCAGGUUUUCCAAGAAUUGAUAAGCUUGAGAUUGAAGGGAGGGGAUUUCACACCAAUUUAUAUGCCGUACUUGACACUUAUUUUGGAGGAAAAGAAGGAAAAAGUAAAAUUCAGUGGCUUAGGUCAAUGGUUGGCAGUCCUGAUCUUAUCUCCAUACCAGGUGAAACAGGGAGGAUGUAUGAAGCAAAUGUUGAUGAUGUAGGGUACAGGUUGGUUGCUAUUUAUACACCAGUAAGGGAGGAUGGCAUUGAGGGGCAACCUACUUCUGCAUCAACUGAGCCAAUUGUAGUUGAGCCUGAUGUUUACAAAGAAGUGAAACAGAAGCUUGAUCUUGGAUCUGUAAAGUUUGAGGUAUUAUGUGACAAGGACCGCAGCCCGAAAAAGGUUCCAGGAGAAGGGUGUCUUGAGAGAAGAAUCCUGGAAAUUAACAGAAAACGAAUCAAGGUGGUGAAGCCGGGUUCAAAGACUUCUUUUCCUACUACUGAAAUACGCGGAACCUAUGCUCCGCCCUUUCAUGUGGAAACUUUCCGUAAUGACCAACGCCGACUUAAGAUAGUGGUGGACAGUGAGAGCGAGGUAGACCUCGUAGUGCAGUCACGAUACCUCCGAGACGUUAUUGUUCUUGUGAUCCGUGGUCUUGCUCAGCGGUUCAAUAGUACAUCUCUCAAUUCUCUCCUUAAGAUAGAGACAUAAAUCUUGGUCAUAAAACACAAAAGCACAAAAGAGCAAUCAAACUGUAGGUUUCCUUUUUAGGUCUCUAUGCUUUCUCUCACCGAAGGUUUUCAUCGGUGUCGGUGCCAUUGACAUCAUUGUUUUUGCUUGUUAACAGUAUAUAUUAUCCGGUGUUCUGCUUGCAAAGCAUCGGCGGUGCGGUGUUUCACUUGUGUGUACAUUAUUCAUUUGAAUAAUAAUAUUCUAUUGACAAUUGUCUCACUA